UGACGGGAGUUAGUGAGGUUAGUGAAGGGAAGAUGACGCUAGUGAUUGAUGCUGACAUGGCCGCGGUGGCCAGUUGUUGUGGUAUUGUGAGGCUGUCUCCUACACUACGCCCGUGCUGGUCUUGCCUGUGUGGCGUCCUGCCUUCAGUCUUGUGGCUGUAACUCUCACGCCUGCCACUAUGCCUGCUCUACAGUUUACUGAAGUGUUGACCUUCUCCAGUGAAGACCCGAAUCAUCCAGCGGAAAAUCUCUUGCGUCCUGAUACAUUCCGAAAGUGGAAGUGUGCAUCUGGAACAACAGAAAAGCAAUCUUCAGUUACAUUGAAGUUGGAAAAGUUAAGCUCCAUUCACUCGAUAGACAUUGGCAAUGAAGGUUCAGCAUUUGUGGAGGUGUUGGCAGGAAGGGAAGGAGUUGCAGCUUUUCAGGUGCUGCUUGUUGCCUCAUCCUUCAUGUCUCCCAUCGAGUCGAGAAAUUCUAGCGACAUGAAUCGUGUCCGAAUGUUUGGCCCUGACAGACUCAAUAAAAAUGUUGCAGGACAAAAAUGGGAUCGGUUAAAAAUUAUUUGCACACAGCCAUUUAACAAGCAGUUACAGUAUGGUUUAUCCUUCAUAACAGUUAGAUCUCCAGGUUCUGAUUCAUCAUCAUCAUCACCACCAGCUAAGAUUACUAAGCUUGGAAGUUUCACUCUCAGAGAGGAUGGUGACAAUGACCCUAUUUCAAUUGGGUCAGCAUUUGCUAGAAGGAAAGAUAAGGAACCUUCAUCCCCCAUAUCAGGUGCAGCAGCUAUCAGAGCAGCAUCAUCAGCAGCAGCAGCCUCGGGAUCAUCACCAGGCAUACAAAAGAGGAAAGCUGAGGAUCCACCACCAGAUGUGGGAUUCUAUCAGCUCAAGAAAAAAGCAGUUCCAGAUCAAGAUCCAGUGAAGACCCCAACUGGAUCCAAACCAGCUCAUCCUCCCUCAGUUUCUAGCUCCCACAAGAAAGAUCAGAUUAAUGUCAGAGAUAAAGACAGACAUGAAUCGGAUAAGCGUAAAAACGGCAAAAAGGAAGUGAAACAUAGGUCAUUUGAAACUGUUGAGAAAGAGGUAAAAGAAAAUAGAAACAAAAAUGCAAAUAACAAGACAGACACGAAGAAUGGUAAAGCAUCUUCAUCCAAACCUUCUGCAUCUGCCUCAUCUGCUGUCAAUAGGAAAUCUAAGCCUUUUUCUUCACUCAUGGAUGAUGUCAUAUUUGUUAUGAGUGGCUAUCAGAACCCCCAACGAUCUCAGCUACGAGACAUGAUGAUAGAUAUGGGAGCCAAGUACAAAGGUGACUGGGAACCAAAGUGCACCCACUUAAUUUGUGCCUUUAUAAAUACUCCAAAAUACCAGCAAGUGAAAGGUCGAGGGAGAAUUGUCAGUGCCAAAUGGAUCAGUGACUGCCACAAGAACAAGAUCAGAUAUCCUUGUAAAAGAUAUGCACUGGAAAAGGGACAUGACCAGACUGAGAGUGAAGAUGAGAUUUGGGCAUUAGAGUUACUUCCCAAAGAUUCCAAACCAGCAACUGACCCACCUGCAUCAGCCUCUGUCUCAGUACAGGAUGAAAAUGACUACAAUGACGACAUCGACACAAGUGACAAUGAAGAUACCGAUGAUGAGAUUGAAAGAGUUCUUGCAAGACAGAAAAAAACUGAAGAUGAGCUGACUAGCAGGAAGACCAACUCCUCAAACAGUACAAGAUCUGAUACUGAUGCAAAAGUGAAAGAAAAAAAUAAUAAAUCGACUCCAAAAUUAAAUGAAAGGAAAGACAAAGAAGUUCCUCUGAGCCAGGCAAAGAAAUCUAAGAUAGUUAAAGUAGAUGAAAAUGCAACAAAAUCAAAUGGCACAGCAGUGAGCAGUGAUGAUGAGGUGUAUGAUGAUGACACGGAUGUGGACGAAGAAAACAUCAAAUAUCUGAAACCACCUGACACCUCUGCUCUACCACUACCCACCAUCGGGGAGUACCUCAAGGGCAAGUGUCUUUUUGUACAUGGAAAGAUGGCAGAAGAAAAGAAGAAAUUGCUGCAACGUUAUAUUAUAGCAUUCAAUGGAGACCUGGCAGAUUACAUGAGUGAUAAAGUACAGUUUGUCAUUACUGAGGACACCUGGGAUGAAAAUUUUGAUGAGGCUUUGAAUGAGAACUCUUCUCUGCAGUUUGUCAAGCCUUUGUGGAUAUGGCGUUGCUGUGAUAAACAGAAGCUUGUACCACACCAGCCCUAUUUGAUAGUGCCCACAGAGUAAGACAAACUUCAUAGUGCCAAGUAAUUGGGUGCAACUAUCAUGUGGUUAUCUAAUGUACAAAACUGAAAAAUUUAAAGUUUUGAUAAAUAUUUGUUACCUCAUUUAACUAGGGUAUUCUGAGUACUGUAUACCCUUUGUAUUUUCAAUUAGACAAUGGCUAAUAUUUAGUGUUUUUACCAAAUGUCUUUAUUAUUUCCAGAAAAGCUAAUACUUCAAUUGUAUAUGCUCUAAAAGUGUACUUAUUAUUAUGCUUUGUUCCGUGCAUGUUAUAUUUUGUUAGUGGAACAUUCAAGGUACAAUAUCAUUUAGUUGCUAAUAGAAGUGUAUUUUUUCACAUGCUUUCAUAAAGCAGUUAAAAUUGUAAAUUUAUUUUAUAGGACUGGACUUUGUAAUGGUGUUCAUAAAUUCCAUGCAAGUUCAAAAGGAUACUUUCAUAAGCUUGCCAUACUUCUUGUUGAAUCCUAAUUCGACUUUGAUUUUCUAAAUUAUCUUAAAAAAAAUACUGUCAGUUAUUGGUCAUUUAAUAAAUCAUUCCAAAAUAUU